GCACUUCUGCUGUUGGUCAUCAUGAACGCUCGUUAAUAAUAUAACAGGAUCAGUUUUUUAAGCAAUUAAUCUUAUUUUUGAAUGUGUAUGUUACGUAUUCCAGUUUAAAGUCAUAACGGUACUGUUUUGUAAUUUUGUGUUCAAGUUUCUUCAGACGUCAUAUAUAUUUUUUGAAGUUAACUGCUGCGAAGAGCGUAAGUUAGGAAAAUUCUAUGACGUAAAACUAUUUUUGUUUUCAACACUGUGAUGUGGUGAUUGACAGUUCACGUAUUGGUUUACAGUUUAUCUGUUUAUUAGAUUGGUAAAUGUAUUUAUCGUGAAAAUGUAGAUACAGUGUUGUACCUUAGAACAUGAAUUGUAUUAACUGGAAAAAGUGUUAACAUGUAGUUGCGUUGAAAAUGACGAGGACUACCUCAAUGUAAUUUUCUGCGUAGCCAACAAUGAUUCAGGGAUGUCUCAUAGCAUGUGCUAGAAGUAUAUUUUUGGACAUAGAAAAUUGCUUUCGGAGCUUUGAUUUCGUGUAUGAAGUGAAGUAACUUAUGAAUUUGAGUAACCAAAACUACAACUUUUAUUUUAUUGACAAAACUACAACUUGAUUUUAUUGAUAGACUGAAAGUACUAUUUCAUUGCAUCUUCUGUGUAAAGUAAAUGUUUAUACAGUGUUUGUGUAGCCUUUUAUAAAGCCCAAUUAUGUUUGCCAUUAAGUGCUUUUGGCCUCUAUUUCAGAAUAGUGUGUCAGCAAAAUGCACUUAUAUCUGACUUUAUUGAGGCUUUCAAAUUAACACUUUAUGAGCAGUAACCUCUGCUGCUAGUUAGGAGGGGGUGUUUUAGAAGCUUUAGAAUUUAGGGGCACUUGAUUGAGUGGUCAGGUGCUCACCUCCCUCUGGGACAUUCUGAGUUUGAUUCCUGGUGGGGUCAGAGCUGUAUGUUUGUAGUGGUGGACCUUCCUGCUAGCUAAUGGGUUUGCUCAGGCAUCUACAUUCUUCCACACCAAUGCAUUCAAUAGUUUCUACACUCAUAUAUAUCUUUUUCAUGAAUUAAUUCUCUGGGUAAAAGUAUUGUAUUAUGUAUCCCUUGAUCCUGAUGGCACGAUUCUGUUGUACAUUUGGAUAAUUUUGUGAUAUAUCAAUGAAUUAUGAUUGUAAAUCGAAAAGGAAAAAAACUCCACAAGACCUGACAUAAUUUGUUUGUAGUGUGAUAUUUUUGUUAUGUUGCAGGAUCGUUUGACGUACUAAAUUAAAACAGCAAUUAUCAUGUACCACAUGAUCAAUUAUUAAGGAUCAUGCCAUCAGGAUCAAGGGAUUAACAUGGUUAUAUGACACCGAACAAUUACCUCAACCACAAAUCAUUCAUGAUUUGACCUUGGCACAUAUUUGUCGGCAGCUUGCAACAGCCUUCACCUUGUACGACCUUCCAUAUGUCGAGGGUCUGCACAUAACUUAAUUGAUGAAUAUGCUCGAAUGUUACUUAUCGACAUGGUGAUAUCACAUUUUACUUACCGAGCAAAAGGUGUAGGGAUUAAUAGAUGUUUCUGAAUCCGUUGGCGUGGCUUAAUAAUCUUAACUUCAUCCUUUCUUGAUACAAUUCUCAAUAUAAGUUGAGGAAUUUAAUGCAAGGGUGUAAUACUGAAAUUAAUUGAAUCAUAAUCUUGCUGCGGUUGAGCAAAUGUCUGGUAACUAGCUGUAAUGCCAAUUAAUUUUGAUUGAUUGAUUCACUUGCGAUUGGGCUUCCACCCAGUGGCAAGGAGUUUCCCCCCUCCCUACUCUUCCAAUUUCUGAAGCAUCUUCCUCAUAGCCUUUCCUGAACUGUACCACAUUCGUGGCUGUCACCUCCAUCUUCCAGUCCCCAAUUGUUCUUAUGACUAGCAAGUUUUUCACUCUUUCUGUUCUCUCUUUAAAGACUUAUUGAGUUUUCCCUCCGCUUCUAUAUUGCCCUCUCUAAACCCUGUGUCCCAGCUUACCCCAACCUCCCACCCCAUUCAGUAUCUGCUACAUCCUGACCAACCUGCCAGUCUUCUUUCCUGUAGUCUGUCCCACCCCCAUUCCUUCAUUAGUUCUGAUGGUCUUGUUUAUUUACUCCUUACCACCUAGCAGCCCUCCUCGGGACUCCCUCUAACUCUCUCUCAAGAACUGCUGUUGAAGGGUCCCACACCGCCGCAACACAGUAUAAAUGCAUGUGCAUACUUUAUGCUUACUUGGAAAAAUUCACAUAGGCAGAAAGUUUUGAAAUUUUGCAAUACUUCUGAAACAGUUUUAUUUUGGAAGGCUAUAAAGAAUUGCUAUUGUAAAUUUGUUGUUUGUUUUAGUGAUUCCGUGUGGGCUAACCUUAUCUGCCCCUUGUUGUUGCUGAUAUCUGAGAAGCAACUGAUUUUUUAUUUUUAGCUAGUUAUCAACUAGAACAAAUGUGUCAGAAAAAAUCACGAAAAUACAUUUUUUAUUUUACUGUUCUGACAUUUGUAAUCAUUUAGUGCGAGGGAAUUGCAAUAUUUCAAGUAGUUUACAGUUUUAAUGAUUUUUAGGUUAGGUUAGGUGUAGCUACAUUUAAAAUACUGUAAAAAUCAUGUGAACAGUUGGUUAAGUUAGCUAUAUUUAAAAUACUGUAAAAUCAUAUGAUUGGUUGGUUACGUAGGUGUAUCAAUCAGGUUUUAAAUAUUCAGUACAUACUUAAUAAGUUUUAUUAAUGUAGCAGACCUAACCAAAAUUUAUUUUGUAACAAUAACCAACUUGUGCAAAAAUCUAACCUAGCAGAUAUAUUGAUACCACCACAUGCCAACGAUCUUACCACAUUGUAUCUUUGUGGAAUCUGCAGUUACUGAAAGUUGGGGUCAUAUGAAAUUCACGUAGCCUCCUAGAUUUGUGCAAGUAUUUAUUCUAGCUUCGUAUAGAUGAAGGGUGUGACAUUGAUUUUUAGUGUAUUGACAGCAAAAAUAGUAUGAAAGUAUGAAUGGCAAAUAAGUAGUAUAGUUGAUGAAAAUAAAUCUAGUCUAAAAUUUUCUUUCUCCUAAACUUAUUAAAAAUAAUAUUCAUUAGAAAAUAUCUACCUUAUCUUAAGAGUUCUUAAUAAUGUACUGUCUUAAAUUUUAUACAUGGAGAUAUAAUAUUGCAGGACUUUCUUGUUUAAUGUGUUUGUGACAAAGCAUUGGCUGAUACUUCAUGCUACUAUCAUUUUGAUCUGUGGGACAGUGUCACAGGUUGUAAAUAUUUCUAAGCACCUUUCACAUUUUAUAGGUCUAGCCGUUUGACAGGUGUUGGAUUUAAACAGUGACCAUUUUCAAAGGCCCUGUGAACUUAAAAUCAUGUGCUUUUUAAGCAGGAUGUAUCACGGAGAACGCACCAGGGAAAACUGCAGCGAGCUACGGAAUGACAACCGUAUGGCAGCAGUAGCAGUGACAUGUUCAGCCAGCGCUUGUGCUGUACACUAGCAUCACAGCUGUGCACUGCCAAGCAGCAAACCAGUGUGACUUGUCUCAUGGCUAUUGAGGUUAAGGGGCAAAUGCAAAGGGGGGAUACAUCAUUUUCCCUCCUCCCUGAAUUCUUUAAUGAAAUUUUAUCGUUCCCACCAACAAAUGGAAAGAAUGUGAAAGCAACCAGUGGACUUGACUUCCUCUUUUUCCAAAUGAAAUUCUGCGUACGCUCCUGUUGAGGGGUAUCUGCUUCCUACAUAUUCAUCUGUUAUAAUUUAUAAAAGUUAAGUACCGCUGACAAAAUAAUAUUCUUUAUUGUACUAGGUAUUGCAACCGCCCUGCUGCUGCAAAGAAAGUUACAGAAAACUGUAACAGUAUAAAAUAAACAUAUUUGUUACGAGUUUUGUAGGGAAAACAAUUGCAUGUGAAAAAGCGUUAGGGAGUCAAUAAAUUUAUGAGAAACCAACAAAUGAAAGGCUACAGCUUAUGAAUAUAAUUAUUAUGGUUGAGCAUUGAAACAAAGGAGUACAUUUAACACACCCUAGGUGACAUUUCUCGAGUCACUGGAAGAUAUGGAAAGUUGUGAAGUUGAGUUAGUGAAAUGUAAAGAUAACAACUAAAAUAUUUAUUUUUAAGAUAAUACAUAUUGUUUCGAUUUAUAAUAAUGUGGGGAAAGAACUGGGUUCGUAAGGGCUAGCCCAAUUAAGUUUUAUUACACAGUUUUAUUGAUUACUAAUAUUUACAUCACUAAUAAAUAAUCUUACUUAAAAAUGCCUUAUCACCAAUUACUCGUACUUAAAAAAGUUUAUUCUCAAGUCACUCUGUGUCUGUCAAGUUCCACAGUCCGCACUCACUGGGCCACACUCCUCACGCAACUCUUGUUGCACUCCUCGUAGAACUCACGCGGUACACCCUGCCAGAAACCUGUCCCCGAACUCACAGGGGAACUACAUCGUGAGACUCUGUCGCCAAAUUCUCGCUGCAUCUGCGACACUCACGGCACUCACAUUCGCGGGACUCGUGGGCUCAUGCGGCACCCGUUGCUGAACUCUCGUCGCACUCCGUCACCAAACUCAUCGCGGAACUCUCUCAGUACCCUCUGCACUCUCGCCACCAAAACUGUCGCGGGAUUCUCGCCACCCCAUGAACUCCGUUGCCGCACCCAUGGUACUCUUGCCACUCACCGUUGCCCCAAAACUCUCGCGCCGAAAAACUUGUCGCGGAGGCUGGCAUCACGGCUGAAGUACCUAGAGGCGCCCUUCUCGAACAGACUAGAGGGGCUGAUGAUAAGUCACAUCAUUCCUAGCCGACCCGACGUCUGAACAGUCGAGAAGGGCGUCGCUCGCUCAUGUCACUUCACGCGACGGCCUGCUGAAUUCUCAAGGCCACUCAACGACAGAUAACGGCGCUGAGGCAGGACGAUGUGCGGGGGACUGAGGUUGUGGGGGGUAGCGACGACCCUUGUAAUCCGGCCUGGUAUCCUGUCUGGUCUCUUACGUUCGUAACAAUUUCUUAAAUGUGUGUAGGUUUUUAAAAAUGUCUUAAACUUUACUGAUCUUGGAAAUAAAAUGGUUAGUUUCAAGUUGAAAAAUCAGUUUGAGUAACUGUUAAUGAAACAAAUUAAACUUGAAAUGAUUACUUCACAUCAUUAAAUUUUGAAGAAGAGAGCAGUUUAAAACAUUGUAUAGUAAUUAGACUGAUGCUGCUAUUGUAAUGGAUGAUGAAUUCGAGCAGUCCUUCGAUCCAGCUGUGGAGACCAUGCAUCCACGGGUUAUCGUGCACAUUGACAUUGAUUGUUUCUACGCUCAAGUGGAGAUGCUGAAGAAUCCGGAGUUGCGAUCUCAGCCUCUAGGAAUCCAGCAGAAGAACAUUGUGGUUACGUGCAACUAUGUCGCAAGGCAGUUUGGGAUUAAAAAAUGUAUGCUUUUAGCAGAGGCAAAGGAACUGUGUCCAUCGUUAGUGUUGGUCAAAGGUGAAGAUUUGUACGACUACCGGCAAACAUCCGCCAAAGUUACAGCUGUGUUGCAAAAGUUCAGUCCGCUGGUGGAGAAACUGGGGUUUGAUGAGAAUUUUGUCGAUGUCACUCAGUUGGUUGCAGAGAAAUUGCAGAAUGGGUUCAACUCUUCUCAGAACAUGGAGGGUCAUGUUUACAGUGAUGCCACGGAGAGGUGCAUGUGUGGGUGUUACAGUAGGUUGAGGGUGGGGGCGGUCAUCGCUGCAGACAUGCGAGCGCAGAUAUUUGAAGAACUCGGUCUCACUUGCUGUGCUGGAAUUGCGCACAACAAACUUCUGGCCAAACUAGUGUGUGGUGUGCACAAGCCCAACCAGCAGACCACCAUUUUCCCGUCCAGCGUGCCCGGUCUCAUGGCCGGCAUCGAGAGCAUCAGGAAAAUCCCGGGGAUAGGUCACAGGACGGGCGAGAUAUUGCAGUCGCUGGGGAUAUGCAGCGUUAGCGACCUGCAGAACUCGAGUGACAAGUCCCUACAGCAGGCGCUUGGGCACGAUGUCGUGGAAAGGUUGCGGAAGUUGAGUUUCGGCCAGGACGACUCUGCCGUGAAGCCGACCGGUAAACCUCAGUCGAUCGGGCUGGAGGAUGGUUUCAGGAAGAUCAGUUUGGAGAGCGAAGUGAAAGAGAAGUGCUUGCUGCUGCUUCAGAGACUGAUGGUUCUGCUGGCAGAGGACGGCAGAAUCCCGGGGGCUGUCCGGGUCACCGUCCGCAAGUACAACAGCACCAACAGACAGAGUCACCGUGAGAGCAGACAGUGUAAUAUAUCGCCAUCUAUUUUCAGACCUAAUGUGAACGGCCUUACUCCCGGUGCACGUCAGAAACUUUUGAUGUCCAUAAUGAAGCUGUUCCACAAAAUGGUGAACAUUUCCAAGCCAUUCCAUCUUACACUACUAGGCAUUGCAUUCACUAAAUUCCAAGAGCGCAAUAGCGGCAAAGGUUCCAUAACUUCUUUUCUGAUGAAUGAUAUAUCUGUUCAGUCGGUCCUGGACUUGCGCAACGUGUCGACCUCGGCCGCGGAGGAAAUGGAAUGUUCGCCUGCCGAGAACGCCUGUCAAGAUAGGUCCGGCUCGGAAUCAGAGCACGAGCCAUCUCCCAAAAAGACGCGGUCGGACUUUUGGCGGAUCAGGAGGAAGAGAUCGUUCACAGAAAGUGACGUCGACUCCAUCAACAAGGUGGGGGUCUCUGAGUUGCGUCUGAGCUCAGGUGAGCAGAUCGAUAGAGAUGUUUUCCAGAAGUUGCCUAGUGUUAUCCAGGAGGAGGUGAUGGAGACCCUAGUGGAUCUCCCCCAACUGACCAACAGGCUGGGCAUCUCGGAGAGCAGCGACAGCGACCCGGGCGUGUGUCCCCCUGACGUGGACCGUGCGGUGUUCCGAGAACUGCCCCCAGACGUGCAGCAGGAGCUGGUUCAGUCAUGGACCAGCACUAACAGUAGUUGUGCGUCUAAAAGUCCACAGACAAACAUCUGCGUGAGAACAUCAGGUCAGAACUCAAUACUAAAAUAUGUUUCAUCCACUAGUAAGUGAUGGUCUCUUUGUGAUAAAUAUUCAUUUGAUGGUUGUAGAAAAAUUGACAUAUUUUUUUUAUGAUGUUUUGUAGUUAACAAGUUAAAAGUAUUGAGAAUCAUUGUAAAUGUUUUUGUUCAGUACUGCAAGACAAAGAUUCAGAAAUGUAUUUUUUUUGUACGAAAAGCUUUGCCAAAAAUCUAGCAGAUUUGUGAAUUUGUACUAUUCAUUUAUAGUUAGUUGUCGUAGAAAGUUUUUUUUUAAAUGCUAACAAUUGUUAAAAUACAGAAUAUUAUAGAAAAUAUGCAUGGAAUCUUUGUCAUCGUGUUUAAUUUAUAUUUGCGAUUUAUAAAGUUUUCUUACUGAUAAACAGUUGAAAAUUUUUUUGUUUAAUGAAAUAUUUGGGUUAGUGAGUGGUGACACCUGAAACUGCUGCUCUUUAUUUAUUUAUUUUUUUUGUAAAUUUAAGAAAAUGAUCACUAUCACUUCUAAUUAUAAUAUUUUGUUAUAUAUAAUGGAAAAUUCAGUUUUAAGUAUUAAAUAAAGUGUUUCCUUCAGAAAAUUGUGAAACCAUUUUAAAAACAUUUUUUUUUUGCUUAACCCCUUAGCUUAUUUUACCAAUAUGUAUUUUAUCAUUUAGUAUUAUAUGAAAUUAAGCAAUACUCCUUACAAAAAAUUUCAAAGUAUUAUAAAUUUUUUUAAAUAUUUUCUUUUAGCUGAAUUAAUACUGUUCAGGUUCUGUAUUGUUUUGUCUUCCAAAAUGAAAAUAUUUGCUAACUUCUUAUGGCUCUGUCUCAGCCAUUGUUGAUUUUUUUUUAAUUUUCUUGUGAUUAUAUUUAUUUAAUGGCUUUCAGAUAAUGGCAUUUCUGAUUAAAUGGUGUAUUAAUUUGCAUUUUGAUGUUGUGUUGUGUUGACAUGCUUUGCUGAGUUACAUCAGUGUAAUUUACCAUAUAAUCUUGACCCAUUAAUUAAUGUACAGUCACAUAAAAAUUAUCUGUUGUGCAUCACUAGGUCACCAAGUUGAGUGUGUUAGGGAUUAUUUACUGUCCAAAUACAUGUCGUAUUUCUUGCUGAUUUAGAAUUUUGCCCAGUGCUUCUCUCUUUCAAGGACGUUACAAAAAAUGACUCCAUGUACCUGCAUGUUCUGUUACGGCUGCCAAAGUAACAAGUGGUUUGGUUGGUGGAUUCUUAAAUAUUUAGAGUUCAGAGAAAUUUCUCUAACAUCUCCAAAAUUGUCAAAUCCAGCAGACACAAUGUUGACGUGUUAUUAUGGAGCUCAUUCACUUCUUAAAUUCUUUUUCUUUUGCUUUAUAUAUGGUCAGAUUUUGUUCAGCCAAAAGUUUCUGGUUAUUUUCAGGAUCUUAUCGACAGUCCUCAAAUCGUAAAAGCAGUUCCUUGGAUGCAAUAUUAAAGUUUAAUUAAUAAUUAGGGUGUAAAUUAGAACUGCCAGAAUCAGUGGUUUUACCCAAUAUUUUGGGUACCUUCUCAAUCUACUCUGAAGCAAUACAAUAAAAAUGAGUGUGAAUGUUUUUGUUUGUGAGUAUGCUUGUUGGUAUUUAUGAAGUGGUUGGUAUACUCUCUGAAAUACAUAAUUUCUUGUGCGACUGGUGAUGAUAACACAACUAAGUUUUUAACUUUCUGCCCACUGCUCUUAUGUUUGUGAUACUGCUGAUGGAUUAGUACACUCCAUCCCGCACGAGUGUACUUACCUGACAGUUCUAAAGGUAUCAACAAGAUCAGCUUAAACUUUUUUGUGACAAUACUAGCAGAUCACUACACCACAGAUGUUUACAGGCGACUGUUAUCUGCUCAAAUCAUUGUCAAAAGACAUUUUUGGCUUUGGAUAUUUAAAAUUACAUAUGUAACGUCAACUUAACACACCAUAUUUCAGUUAAUAUAUAGGGUAAUCAAACUGAUCUGAAUCAACCAAUGCAGACCAGAAAAGUCUGUGUGCCAAACUAUUUUAAAUCAAUUUUGUUUAUAAAUUUGUUCUCUUAAUGCUACGAUGUUAUAACUCGGUGGUCACUUGUCCCUCUCUGUAAUUUGUGUUUAGGUUUGGACAGUGUUUAUUUUUGAUUCAGGAGAGGAAGCAUGUAUGUAAUUUCAUAUUUUUAAUAAUACUUGUUUUCCUAAUGGAAAAUUUUAAAUUAUAAUCAUAAUCGGGUUGCAUUGAUUUUAAUUUAUUUAGAACAAAACCAAAUUAAUAUUAUUCAUAAAUGUCUGUACGAUUCCAAGAAAUGUGUAUGUAAAUGUCUUAAGAAACACUCCCAUACAUCAAACCCAGAAAUUCUCCUGCUAAACUUUUUACAGAACAAGAAAAAUGUUUUAAUAAACAAUACAUAUAUUAAUACAUCAUAAUUUAAAAUUGAUGUGUUAGUCAAGAAUUUUUAAGUUUUCUAGUCGAACUGACCUUAUUUUCUUUGCAAAAUGUUUUCCCAAAAUGCAAGAAAAAAAUUUUGUACUACUCAAGAGAGCAAAAACAAGUAUAUAUUUCACGAACAUAAAAGAUGCUUGCACUAAAUUUAAGAAACACUGUAGACAUUCUAACAGGUGUUCCACUAAUAUUAUUUAACCAUAUUUUACACCACCAGCACAGUUGCUUGUAAUACUUACAUUAAUACCCUAAUACCCUACAUUAAAGUUAAAUCUUUCUAUUAAACAAUUAUUCCUACUUCAUAACAAAGCACAUUAUUUGCUAUCACUUGUACAAAACAUAAACACAUAUUUCAUGUGGACUUAUAAGAACCAUGCUGCAAAACGCUCUCUUUCUCAUGAUGUUUGCAUGUCAGUUACUAAACACUUCUGUUGAAGUCAGGAGCAUGAUCAAUGGCCGUAUUACAAAGCAAAAAAAAACCUGAAUACAAUGCAUUUUGUUCAAACACAACACUUCUAGCAUUAGUGUAAGUCUUUAGUGUAGUAAUAUUUUCUUCAUUACCAUUUGAAAUCACAUUUAUUUAAGAAUACACUAUAAACCAUAUAGUUUCAUGGUUAAAUCCGUGUGGUAUGUUUGUUUUGCCUGGGAUCGUCAGACUUGUGAAGAUUGGCACACCUUUCUUCAGCUGACAGAUUUUCUUAAUGAAAACAACUCUUGGGUUAAUUUGUGAAAUGUUUCUACUUGCUGGCUGUAAAGUGCACUGAUUUUGAAAACACCUCAUCAGCCAGUCUCUGAUUCUGUGAAUAUACAGAGUCAUUUAUUUGUAUUUUCACAACUUUUUUUUUUUACAUAAACACUUAUAAGAAGAUGUAGCAAAAUAUUUUCUUUCACUGAGACAAAACAUUGUUUUUUUCCUUCUAAUUAUAUACUGUAAAAAAAAUUAGUCAUUGUGUUUCUUGGAUAAACUUAAAAAAUCUUUGGUUGCAACUCAUAAGUUUAAGGAAUUGAAUAUACUAACAUCACCAAAGUAUAAAUAUUUAGGAGUAACAUAUUUAUGGAAUGUAGUAUAUUUGAUUAAAAUUCAAAUCUAAAAAAUUUUGAGCUCUUGAAGCUAAGGGGUUGUAGCAUAAAUUAAUUUUGUUUUAACAUAGCAAUCAGAGAAGGUUUCACUUCAACAGGUUCUGUAAUUUAUAGUAUACAUAUAAAAUAUUAACCUGAAUAGAUGUACUAUUUCACUAAAUUAGUCUCCCGUUUAUUUUUAAAAGUUGCUUUUCCGAAAAUGAAGUGUAUUAUGUAUGUUGUGAAAUUGGCAUUUGUUCAAUGUAUGUACUUACAUGUUAUGCAACUUUUUUUAUUGUAUGUUUUAAUUUUUUUGCUACAUAAAAAAAGAAAAUAUAUAAUUUAUUAUUCUCA